GUCAGCGGGUUAAAGUUGAGCCGGUGUGCGCAUCACCAGCAUUACCAAACCAGUCUUGUUGCAGCCGCAGUUCACCUUUAGGACAGAACUGUAAUACCAUAGGAGCUCAGGGGAACACAAAGAAUCUAAAAUGCUACUCUCGAAGUUACGGACUACGAUAUUUUGUGGUUGCAGAUAUGCUGGGAAGGGUUUUCAACAGAACAGCCAUCAGCGUCCACAGCUGCGACAAUGGCUUGUGAGGAGAAACCAGAGCUCCAUCACUGUAGAAGCAGGGCCGCCCUCCACCCCAGCAGUAGCUGUACCCAACGCAGCAACAAACCGCAUAGUGGGUCGCUGGUUGCUCGGCUGCAGUGGGCUUGUGGUUGGGGCGGUGGUCUUGGGUGGUGUCACAAGGCUAACAGAGUCUGGACUCUCAAUGGUUGACUGGCAUCUGGUGAGAGAGAUGAAACCACCUCAGUCUGAGGCCGAGUGGGAGGCCGAGUUUUCCAAGUACAAACAGUUUCCAGAGUUCAAAAUCCUUAACCAUGAGAUGACUCUGCCUGAGUUUAAGUUCAUCUUCUACAUGGAGUGGGGUCAUCGCAUGUGGGGCAGGCUUGUUGGACUAGCAUACAUCCUGCCUGCCGCGUACUUCUGGAAAAAAGGAUACUUCACACGUUCCAUGAAGGGAAAAGUGCUGGGGCUGUGUGGAUUUGUGUUCUUCCAGGGUCUUCUGGGCUGGUACAUGGUAAAAAGUGGGCUGGAGGAAAACCCUGAAUCCCACGAUGUCCCGCGGGUCAGCCAGUACCGUCUGUGUGCUCAUCUGGGUUCUGCCCUAGUGCUCUACUGUGCUAGUCUCUGGACCGGGCUUACUCUGAUGCUGCCUGCACAUAAGAUGGCAGACUCUAAACGUCUCAUGCAGCUCAGAAAGUUUGCAAAGGGAACGGGUGGACUGAUCUUCCUAACUGCUCUCUCAGGUGCCUUUGUUGCUGGUUUGGAUGCUGGCCUGGUGUAUAACUCAUUCCCUAAGAUGGCAGAUAAAUGGAUUCCUGAUGAUAUACUGGCCUUCUCUCCGGCACUUAAGAACAUCUUUGAAAAUCCCACCACAGUGCAGUUUGACCACAGGAUUUUGGGGAUUGGCUCUCUGACAGCAAUCACCGGCCUUUAUCUGUUCUCAAGGAGGAUGAUGCUACCCAGAAGGGCUAAGAUCGCCAUCGGCCUGCUUGCAGCAAUGGCUUAUACACAGGUAGCACUCGGUAUCAGCACACUUCUACUGUAUGUUCCUACUCCAUUGGCAGCAACUCACCAGUCUGGAUCCGUCGCUCUUCUGACUUUUGCCAUUUGGGUUCUGGCUGAACUUCGUAAAAUGCCAAAGUAAAGCCUUCUCCUUUGUGGACAAGCCUGUUUAAUCACAUGACAAGUCUUAACUGGCAAUAAAAAGAAGCAACAAUGGAAGAAGAGAUG